GACAAGACUCCGCUGCUGGAAGGCGAAUUAGGGCGAAGGGCGGAGUACCUUGGGAGUUGAGACGAGGCCAGAUUGCACACCUGCCGCCCUUUGCCUCAAGAGCCCCUGCCGGCACUCGAUAUUUUCGGAGCCGGGACAUCGUACGCCUUUACCGCCUUACGCCGCGAAAUUGAUCGAGCAAUAAAUUGCUUUCAGCUCACGUUCGUUCUUGAUUCUUCGUUGGAGAUCGACGAGCACGUUGCCGCUUCACUUGCCCGCUGCCCGCUAAUUUCACGUUAACCGCUAGACAUAAAUAGAUUACAUUUUUAGAGUACCGUUUUUUUUUUUAGUUUUUUAAAUAAAAAUCAGGAAGCAAUUCUUUUCUCAUUUGUUGUAUUCAGAACGUAAUAUCUUUUUCGUAGUUUCAAUGUAGGGAAGGAGGAAUGGAACUAAAAUUAAUAGAAAUCCAAAGUAGUGCGGAACAAAUUUAUGAUAUUUUCGAACGUUUUUUUAACUUGCUCGUUUAUUUCCUUUUUUAUAAAUGUAUCCGCUUGCUGGCUAAUUUUUAAGUUGCUCUAGAAAUUGUAAAAUCAGGUUUCGGUUCCGAUGCAUUAAUUACCACAUUCAUUUAGCAGCAAGGAAAUGUCAGACUAAUGGAAAUGCCAGAUUAAAGUUUCAUAAUCGAAAUGAAUAAAUAUAAGAUAAGAAGAUAUCCAUAAUUUACGAGGUUUAUUUCAGAUAUCUAGUCGCGAUUCUUUAUCGAAAGUCGAUUUUAAGUUAUGUGGAUUUAUAUUUUAUUAUUUUCGCGAGAGACUUUUUAAUGAUUUCGAAACACAGGAAUGGAUAAAAAUAAAUAAUUCUGGUGGUUUUUAAAGCUUAAUAUUACCAAUCCAAUAUUAUCUGGAGACGGCGCAACGUUCUCCGUUCCACGGGCCCGAUUUUGCGCCUUGGGCUUUGGGCUCCUGUGCUGUUAUAAAUAAAUCUAGAUAAGUCUCCACUUCGCUCUAGUCAUGACUAGAAACAGGACGCAAAGUGCAAAGUGGAAAGCCGCGUUCGAGAUCGUUUCAAAGUGAAUCCGGCCUAUUAAUCGUUUGAGGAUAGUCGUACAUUCAUUCUGCUGGUCUGACGAUGCCGAUGCGGAUGCAACGAAGUCAGCUGAGGGACAUCUCAUCCUGGAUGACGCGUCUGUUCCCGGAGCCUGGAGACGGUAGCAGUCGGAUGGUCGAGGGAUUCAAAAUGUUCGGUUCGAAAAACAGUUCGGCCACUAGCACGUUUUACACGGAUCUGGAAAUCACGGAGGAUAAGCAGGAGUUUCAGCAGGAGGACGAACAUUCCAAACCGGCAACGCCAGGUUUGCCGGAGCAGCAGAGCACGACCAGCGAAAAUGGCAACUCGCAAGAUUCGGACGCAGCAACAGGUGUUGAGGAGCAACGAUACGUCAGACAUUCCUUCCACAGGAUCGCCAGCUUCGGUGGCUUCCCGCGAUUUCAGUCGUUCGUCAUGUCCGCUUCCACGCCCGCUGAAUGCAUCGAUAUCACGAGGCAUGAGGAAACUUCAACGGAAACGUCCUAUAUUAAAAUGUCGCAUAGUGUCCUAGAAUAUAGAAGUAGCAGGUACGUAGCUUCGGAGAGGAGGUCUCAUCAGUAUACAUUAGAUACCUACGCGGUAAGCGAGUCCGAGAGCGAAGAAGAGUCAGAAGAAACGAGAUCUUCGGAGACGGACUCUGCCAUAGUGGCUGAUCAUACGGAAGAGUCGAUAUCGGAGCCUAAACUGCUCGUGAAGAAAGGUUCGCCCGAUUCGAAGCGAAAGAAGGCGUUACGUGUGGCGCAGGAGUUACUAGCGACUGAGAAAAAUUAUGUCAACAUUCUACAUCUGAUCGACCAAGUGUUCCAAUUCAGGGUCGAUCAGGAAAACCGAGCGCAUCCGAUGUUCCCUCCAGAAACUGUCCAGCACAUGUUCUCAAAUAUUAAAUCUAUUUAUAAAUUCCACAACGACUUUCUAUUGCCGCAAUUUGAGGAGAGAAUGCAAUGUUGGGAUUCAAAUCCGAGAAUCGGUGACAUAAUGAAGAACUUUGCGCCAUUCCUCAAAAUGUAUACGGAGUAUGUAAAGAAUUUUGAUUACGCCAUGAAUUUGAUAAGCACCCUGCAAAACAAGGUUCCCAGGUUUGCAGCGAUUGUUAACGAAAUUCAGAAGCUCGACGAAUGUGCUAAAUUGUCGCUAGCACAUCACAUGUUGAGUCCUAUACAGAGACUGCCGCGAUACGAGUUACUUCUCAAAGAUUAUUUACGAAACCUCACUGAGGACAAUCCGGAUUAUGAAGACACAAAAAAGGCUCUGGAAUUAGUGUCAACCGCCGCAAAUCAUACAAACGAGGCAAUGAAAAAAAUCGAUAAAUUUAAAAAACUUUUGGAAAUUCAAGAGAGUAUAUAUGAUGCGACUGAUCUAGUCAGUGCGACUCGCGAACUAAUAAAAGAAGGACGUAUAGUGAAAAUCUCAGCGCGUAGUGGCGAUCAUCAGGAGAGACAUUUGUUUCUGUUUAGCGAUUUAUUAUUACUCUGCUCAAUAAGACUGAUACCCGGUCCAAUGUACCGAUUAAGAGCUAAAUUUAUGGUGGAAAAUUUACAAGUAGUUGAGGGAGACAAUCUAGAAACCGCAAAUACUUUUUACAUAAGGGACGAAAAUAAAAGCGUCGAGUUGUAUACACAUGCUGCUGCGGAGAAGGCAGCGUGGCUGGACGCGCUGUUUCAAACGAUGCAAGAGAUCAUGAGACGCAAGGCCAGUCUGAAAACUGGAAGUGUUAAAACUUCUUUGGUUAAGGCUGAUGACGUAACUAGGUGCAUGGUUUGCGAAGUUAGUUUUUCUGUGAUGAAACGAAAGCACAAUUGUCGGGCUUGUGGAAUAGUGGUUUGUAGUAAAUGCUCAAAUCAGAAAUUAUUAUUUGAAGACAAUAAGAAUAUGAGAGUGUGCAGAUUAUGCCAUGCCGCGCUCACUCAACCGCUCACUAAAUCACCGUCGUCACCGUCUGGACCAGUGCCAAGUUUGCUACAGGUAUCGGCGAGUGCACCAUCAGUAUUAUCCGGAUACCUGUUACUGAAGACGCAGGCCAGUAAGCCUUGGACAAAACGAUGGUUUGCGUUGCACGUUGACUUUGUUCUGUAUUCAUUCAAAUCGGAAUCGGAGAGCAUGGCCAUGACAGCGACGCCUAUGCCAGGCUUUAUGGUUACGGAAGGUACAAAAUUACCCGAUGAAGACCCCUUGAACACGAAAGAUCGAAUAAGAGCAUUUAAGAUGCAUCAUUCAAGAAAAUAUUACUAUCUUCAAGCAUCUUCUCAAGAGGAUAAAGAAAAAUGGAUGCACACAUUGGAGUUGGCUACGAAAGCUGAACUACCUCAUUUUACGCAGGUGGAAAACGAAAGCGCACAAGAAAGUCAAUCGAUGAACGAUGUACAAUGAAUAUUCGUACCUUUCUAUCUACCAAACUAGCCAAUUUUUUACUAUUAUACUCGUAAAUGAGAAGACGAUAUGGCAAUGUAAGAUAAUCGUUAGUAGUUAAUUAGCUAUAUUUAAAAUGACGUUAACUUAUGUUAUAUAUAUAUAUUGUUAUUAGUAUAUACAUUACAAGAGAGAAAUCGAGUCAAUAGCGGCUGCUGCCGAGAAACGCUUGUUGUUUUGUAUAAUGUUCUGUUAUAGUAUAUUUAUAAAUAUAUAUGUCGUUCUAUCACGAUACGCUGUGCUGACCGUAAUCUGCAAUGGAAGUCGAUACGUUGCGACGCUUGAAAAGUUAAUUACGCGCUUCAGUGAUAGUAUGUUAUUUAAGCUACGGGAUCGUUUUUAUUAAAAUCGAUUCUAAAAUCGAUUUUAUUAAAUACGCAAUGGAUUCGAUAGUUUUAUCAAUAAAUUUAUUCCGUCAAUUAAAAAUUUUAUAGCUCUUAAAUACAUCUCAGUAGUUCCUAUCUAUUUACAGAUUAUCGCAAUAAUUACAAAUUUUAUUACAUUCACUAGAAACACAAAAGUGCAUUCGGACUAAUUAUUCCGCACCUGUACAUUUAUCACGUUUCUUGAAUUGCACACAUAGACCGUCAGCUGCGUACGUGAACAUGUGAAUGGCAUCAUUGUCAUUUAAAACAUCCUUUGUUCGUUUCGUAGCAGAGUUUCGUGUAAUUCGAGAGGAUCGUGAUUAACGUCACUUUCGCAAUUAGUAGGGAUUUGUCUUAAAAAGUCUUUAAGGCAAAUUAUCGUGUAAAUUCAUAUGUCCAGUUGAUAUAUAUGUAUAUAAAAGAAAAUUACGACAUAUCUCUUUUUUACGUGAUCAAAUUUUUUUAUAAUCGACCUACGUUAUUAGAGCCUAAUACCGAAUGCCAAAGAUCCACGGAACUUUUUGUUCCUUAUUUCUGUUCUCAGGAAUGGAAUAAAGUUUUGUAUAUUAGAAAAGUAUUUAGAAUUUGUCGCCUUUCGCAGAGACAUAUGUCUUUUUUUCAAUUAUUAACCCAAAAUCUGGUAACGGGCAAUGAGAAUGUAUGUUGUAGACUCAAGAUUCUUUCCCCCAUUAAUACAUUUAUAUCUCACUGUACAAAAUGACUUGAUGCCCCGGAUAUUUAUUUUUAUUUUAUUUUUUAUGAAAAUGUAAUUGUAUGCAAAAUGAAUGCGAGCGCAAAUGCGGUCGUAGUUUUCUUUGCCAUUAAAAAGCGCGUUGUCGCUGAAUGACAAGCUCUAUAACAUAUAUUAUCGAAUCAAUAAUAUUAAUAUUAAUAAAUCUUUUAUAAUCUUCUCUUAAGAAUUGAUGAAGGUAAAACACACAUACGCGGAAAGAUAUAUUGAAGUUUGUAGCAACCUGUAAUAAUUUGUACAUUGUAAUAACUGUUAUACCAAUGGUUUAAAUGUCGAUAAAAAAAACAUCAGUUACGUAAA